AUGGCGUUCCCCGAGUUUGGCUUUGGCUGGCUGUACACGGAGCUGCGCCACAAGCUGGAGGAGGAGCUGGACUUUUCAGUGGAGGUGGUGCACUCCACGCGGCUCAAGGCGCUGCUGCAGGGGCAGCACGGGGUGGUGGUGCCGCGCAUACACCUGCCCCUCUGCACGUCCAAGGUGCUUGUGAUGGAGUGGAUAUCGGGGCACAAGGUCAACGACGUGAGGGCGCUCAGGCGCGCCCGCAUCAGCGCACACGCAGUCGGGGUCAAGGUGGAGGCCGCGUUUGCCGAAAUGACCUUUGUGCACGGGUACCUGCAUGCCGACCCGCACCCCGGCAACAUCAUGGUCCGCGCCAAGGGGCGGCGCGGGCUGGGCAGCUACGUGGGCAGCGGCUCAUGGCAGCCCUUCGAGUUUUGCCGGCGGCACACGCCAGUUUUGCCGGCGGCGCGCGCCGACCGCGGCGCCGCCGGCCAGGGGGCGGCCGCGGGCGGUGUGCAUCCGAAGGCUAGCCGCUCCGGCCGGCGAGCCUGCGUGCGCGCGGAGCCGCCGGCCGCACGCGGCCUUGUGGUCCUGCUGGACCACGGGUGCUACCUGAAGCUGCAGGAGGCCACGCGCCGCACCUACUGCCGCCUGUGGUGCUCCCUCUUUGCCGGCGACCGCGCCGGCGCGGCCGCGGCGGCGAUCGAGCUCGGGGGGCAGCGGGCCGGGCAGAUCCUGCCCAUCAUUCUCUCACAGCGCGCGCGCACCAAUGACGGCUGA